UAUCUUCAGGAUUCCAACCCCCUUCAAUCUAACACCAUCACAUUCAUCUACUUCUGAGGCUGGAUUUCCACGCCCAGAUUCAAGCCAUGCAGCCUAGUGAGGUUACAGGCCUCCAUUAUAUAGUCCCCUCAAACACAUCCCCAUAUUCUGCUUAUUUUGGUAUGACUCAGAGCAACUCGCCUACAAUUCAGUUUAACAGAUCAUUCAACAAUCCACAAACUUUCCAGAUUUCUCCUCAGUUUCAAGAAUUCAGUCUACAGUCAUCCUGCCUAAGCAACAACUCAACUUCUGAUGAAGCAGAUGAGCAACAGCUAUCCCUUAUCAAUGAAAGGAAGCAAAGAAGGAUGAUAUCUAAUAGAGAAUCAGCUCGCCGGUCACGCAUGCGGAAGCAGAAACACCUAGAUGAACUCUGGUCACAAGUGGUUAGGCUCAGAACUGAGAACCACCAGCUCAUAAAUAAGCUGAACCAUGUCACUGAGUGUCAUGACCAGGUUCUUCAAGAAAAUGCUCAACUCAAAGAAGAAGCAUCUGAACUACGGCAAUUGCUUUGCGACAUGCAAUUGAAUAGUCCUUAUGCUGCUCUGAGGGAUCUAGAAGACGUCCCCUGUAAUACAGCUUAUCUCAGAGCCGAUUCCUCAAACUUAUUAUCUUAAAAUUUUUUCCUAGUUUUGUUUGUGUCUGUGUGGAAGUCCACUCUCCUAAGCUCCUAGCCUGAGUUUUAGGUGUCCGAGAUUGAACAAGAGUGGAAUAACAUGUUUUGUUUGUGUCACCACUUGUGUUGCUUGCAUAGUAUCAGCAGGGCCCUAAGUUUCCAAAAUA